AUGUGGAGGCUGAAGAUCGGCGAGGGCAGCGGGCCGUGGCUGCACUCGGCCAGCGGCUUCCUGGGCAGGCAGGUGUGGGAGUUCGAUCGCGACGCCGGCACGCCGGAGGAGCGCGCCGAGGUCGAGAGGCUUCGUGAGGACUUCACCAAGCACCGCUACCACAAGCGGGAGUCGCAGGACCUCCUCCUACGCUUGCAGUUUGCAAAAGGGAACCUCCUCCCGGCCAACAUUCCAACCACGAGGGUCGUCGAAAAGGGUACACAGGUAGUCACGGAGAAAAUGAUAACGACUUCACUGAGGCGUGCUCUUCAUCAAUAUUCUACUCUCCAAGCACACGAUGGACACUGGCCUGGUGACGUCAGUGGACUCAUGUUCAUUAUGCCUAUGCUUAUAUUCUCUUUAUAUGUUACUGGAUCACUUAACAUCGUCCUAUCAUCAGAACAUCAACGUGAGAUACGCCGCCACAUUUACAAUCAUCAGAACGAGGAUGGCGGUUGGGGAACACAUGUUUGGGGACCUAGUAGCAUGUUUGGAUCAUGUUUAAAUUAUGUAGCCUUAAGGCUUCUUGGCGAGAUGCUAGACGGUGAUAAUGAUGUAUUAACCAAAGGGCGUGCUUGGAUUUUAUCUCACGGAAGCGCAACUGGAGUACCGCAGUGGGGAAAGAUAUUUCUCUCGAUAAUUGGUGUCUACGAUUGGUCGGGCAAUAAUCCAAUCAUUCCUGAGUUGUGGUUGCUUCCAUACUUUCUUCCAAUUCAUCCAGGACGAUUUUGGUGCCAUUGUCGGUUAGUAUAUAUGUCAAUGGCAUAUCUUUAUGGGAAGAGAUUUGUUGGGCCCAUUACUCCAACAAUAAUGGCACUACGAGAGGAGCUCUACAACAUACCUUAUGACAAUGUUGAUUGGGGAAAGGCGAGUAAUUAUUGUGCCAAGGAGGACCUUCACAACCCCCGCUCACAAAUGCAAAAUAUUGUAAAUUUUUGUCUUAACAAGUUUGUGGAGCCAAUGUUAAAUUGGUGGCCAGCAAACAAGUUAAGAGGAAGAGCUUUGAGUAAGCUUAUGGAACAAAUUCAUUAUAAUAAUGAAAUAACUGAAUACAUAACCAGUAGUCAUGUUGACAAGAUACUGAAUAUGAUCUGUUGUUGGGUGGAAAAUCCAAAUUCAAAUGCAUUCAAGAAACAUCUUCCAAGAGUUUAUGAUCAUCUGUGGAUUGCAGAAGAUGGAAUGAAGGCUAAGAUUUGUGAUGGCUGCCAGAGCUGGGAGACGCCAUUCAUAGUUCAAGCAAUUUGCUCAACAGAUCUUAUAGCUGAAUUUGGCCCAACUAUAAAAAAGGCUCAUGAGUUCAUGAAAAACUCACAGAUUCUUGGAAACUUCCCGAGUUAUGAAAGUUUUUAUCGCCAUAGAUCAAAAGGUUCAUGGACCCUUUCAACUAUAGACCAUGGUUUGUCUAUAUCUGAUUGUACUGCAGAAACUCUUAAGGCAUUGCUAUCAUUAUCAAAGAUUUCUCCCAAUCUUGUUGGUGACCCAAUAGAAGAACAAAGGGUUUACGAUGCCAUCGAGUUUCUCCUUUCUUUGAUGAAUAAAGAUGGUUCUUUUUGCGCAUAUGAACAUAGAAGAACAUCUGCCUGGCUAGAGAUUCUUAAUCCUUCUGAGAGUUUUAAGAACAUUGUCAUCGAGUAUCCAUCUUGUGAAUGCACUGCAUCGGUGGUUGAUGCUCUAAUAUUAUUCAAAGAGCUAUACCCACAGUACCGCGGUGAUGAGUUAGGAAAAUGUAUAAAAGGCGCUGCUAAGUUUAUUGAAGGAAAACAACUGAACGAUGGCUCGUGGUAUGGCAGUUGGGGUAUUUGUUUCACGUAUGGAACCUUGUUUGCGAUAAAAGGAUUAAUUGCUGCUGGAAGAAAUUAUCACAAUAGUUCUUCUAUCAGGAAAGCAUGCAAUUUUUUGUUGUCAAAGCAACAAAGUACUGGUGGAUGGGGAGAAAGCUAUCUUUCUAAUUAUACUGGGGAGUACGUUGACAGUGGCACUCCUCACACGGUGGAGACUGCUUGGGCAAUGCUAGGUUUAUUCUAUGGUGGGCAGACUGAAAUAGAUCGGGUACCACUAUACCGUGCAGCGCAAGUAUUGAUGAGCAUGCAGCUAGACACGGGCGAGUUUCCCCAGCAGGAGCAUGUUGGAUCCGCCAACUCUGCCUUCUACUUCAACUAUCCCAACUACCGCAACUUAUACCCUAUCAUGGCUCUUGGAGAGUUUCGUCGCCGACUUGUUGCAAGCGACUGA